AAUCCCGGCUUUGAGCGCUGCGACCGACAGAAGGCUGUAAUCUGAAGCAAGAGGAGCGAGGAUCUCACCGCGGACUGGAUGACAAGCUCCACGGUAUUAUAGGUGCACCGGAGUCUGCCGACGACAUGGAAGAGAAAUAGUUGUUUGGAUUCAGCCGAGGUCAUGGAUGCAAGCUGGAAAAACUGCUUCGAAGAGGAACUUCUGUGUCCCAUUUGCCUGAAUGUUUUCGAGGAGCCCAUCCAGCUGCCGUGCAAGCACAACUUCUGCAAGGGUUGCAUCUCUGAGGCUUGGGCCAAAGACACCGCCGCGGUCCGCUGUCCAGAGUGCAAUCAUGACUACGACCAGAAGCCCACACUGGAGAAGAACUUCAAGCUCGCCAACAUAGUGAAGCGCUUCAAUGCUUUGAACACUGAGAAAGCCCCCCCUGUGCUGCACUGUGUCCUCUGCAGACGAGGCCCCCCGCUGCCCGUGCGGAAAGUCUGUCUGCGCUGUAAGGAGCCCUGCUGCCAAACUCAUAUCCAGACGCACCUACAGCAGCCGUGUGCGGCGCCGGGACACCUGUUAGUCGAUGCUGAGGAGCUGAGCGCUUGGACCUGUCCCAGUCACGAGGAGUACAGGCUGCUCCACUGUGAGGAAGAGCAGGUGGCUCUGUGUCCAUUCUGCUGCAUCUCUCACUGCACUAACCAAAGACACACAGUCUGCGAUGUUGAUACGCAACGCAUACAAAUGCAGGCCAUGCUAAUGAGGCAGCAAGACAGACUGGAAGGUCGUGUUCAGAACAUCGAUGAGCACCUCAACAAGCUGGAGUCAGACAAGACACUGAUGAAGGAUGCAGUGUCUGAACUGAAGGAGCGUGCAAGAGCCCAGUAUCAGCGGAUGCAUGCGCUGCUAGAAGCAAACCAGGCUGAAACCAUGCAGAUGCUGGAGAGCACCUACAACUCGUACGUGAGGAAGAACUCCCAGCAGGUGCUGCAGCUCAACGAGAGGCGCCACGAAGCAGAAAAACUCCUGAGCUCAGUGAAAACAUUCUUCCAAAAAGCGGGCAGUUUGAAUUUCAUGAAGAAAACAAAACCUUAUCAGCUCCUCGUGGACAGGUCAAACUCACAUCUGAAUAGCAUUAUCCCUCCAGUCAGAGUGGGCCAGCUCAACUCUCAUCAUUUGCUGUCCGACCUGUCAACAAGAGAGAAGAACUUGCGAAAAAUGCUGGAGGAACCGUUCAUUGAGUCGCCUCUUCUGGAGAUUGUGCAGUCUCACAGCAGCUCUGCUAGCUCCCAGUUGGGGACUAGUUCAGGAAUACAGAAGAGGAAAUACAGCAUGGCGUUCCUGGAGGCUAACCCAGAAAACUCCCAGAAUCCUCCACCUUUGCUCUACAGCAGCAAAAAACCCUUCCUGGCCGACCAAGGUCACCGGGCUUCAUCUGUAUAUGCCUCUGAAGUCCUCUCACAGAAUCCUCACACUGGCCCUGGUCAUAGUCGGCUCCUAGACACUUCAGCCCAUCACAUGGUGGGUCUAGGGUCCAGCUCUAGCCACCACUCAGGAACCAUAUUCCCAUCCUCCCACUUCUCAAGUGGUGGUGCCUCACAACAAGCCGUGUACGAAGGGAGGAAAGUACUGAUGUGUACUUUGAAUAAUUGCUGCUGCUCCAGGGCCCCUGCUGCUUGCGCCCGGCCUCCGUACCCAGCGUCGGACUCCUUCCCCUCUGUGACCUCUCAGGAGUUUGCCCCACAUGCCCCUCUACCUGCAAGUCAGCCACUGCAGCAUUUUCCCAUGAGGGGACUGAUGGAAACAUCGCAGACAGCCAGACAUGCCGAAUUCUUUGGGCUGUAUGGCCAGUCUUCAACCAAGCAUUACGGGACCAAAUAAUAAACCCGAAUCAGCAUCCGUUCUGUUUUAUUAGAUCACGUUUGGCAUCAAGAAGUUCCAUGUUUCCUUUUUUUGCUCCUUUCCAUUUUGAUUCAGAGAUGCGACCCCAGAUUAUAUCUCCAACACACCUUCAUGACAAUCACUCUUGACAUCUAUUUGAAACCAUUUGGGGAGAACGUGCCCUGUUAACUUGUGUAGCUCUGUUUACUCCCCGAAUCACAGUGACAGUACUAAUGAUCUAAUUUGAAAGCAUUAUUUAUUGUCUGUUUCAGUUCGACUGGAAGUGCUAAUGUGAAUAAUGUAGUCUUAAAUCCAUUCAAACUUAAGAAAUGACAUAUUCUUCAGGGGUCCUGGCAUGGGACUCCAGAGACUCCAGUGCCUAAAGAGACUGUUAACACACUUGUAUUGUACUUGCAAUUUCCUAACUCUUGAUUAUUUCCUGUUUGCAGCUGAAAGCAUGCAGGGAGCCUCUCCAUGCACUCCAAAGUCCACGUGGCUUUAGAAAAAAACAAAAAAACACACUGGACUGCAAAUGUUUUGUUUUUUUCCAGAUUCAGGUUUUUCAUUAGUUUUUUUUAUAGAAGAUUAUGAAUAAACCAAAAUCUUUUGAAUAAAUAAAAAAGCGUAUUACAUGACCUUUCAUUGUAUUUUGAGCACUGGUUUUCAAAAGUAAUCUGCUGGGUAUGCUGGUGUGUACUUUAAACCAGGUGACGCGCUGGUUAUUUUAAACGUCGUGUCUGAUUAUAGUUUGAGGUCUAUUUGUCCUAAGAAGCAAAUUGUGCGAUUUGUUUGGGUAAAGAGCUUUUCCAGGGUGACUCACCGAGUUACACAUGAAAACAAAAAAUAAAGAGAAGCUGUUACAGUGGUACAUCCGACCCUGCUGCUGACCAGCAAAGCUUGUAAAACAGAGAGAGGAAAAAAAAGACACUGAAAGGCCGUAUGUUUGAGAUCUACUGUAUUCAGAGCAGAGCACAGCGGAGGAGGUUACAGAGCGGCCCACAGCAGGCCCAUUAUCUGCCAAUUUAGGACAGUUCACUUCCUUGUCAGCAUCCUGGUCUCUGGCAAAAAUCUCUGUGUCAUCCCUCUUUGUCUUGUUAUUGGAGCUGGUUGUCAAGUUAGGUCAGAGAACAGGAAUAACCAAUGAGCAGCACCUCCCCUCUCCUCUCUCCCUUCCUCUAUCAUUUUCCAGAGCUCGAUGCAGAGGAGGAGAGGAGGGUUAGAGCGGAGGAUGAUAUAAGCGCAGAGUUUUAAUGAGGAUCUACUUAUCUGUCACUCAUACUCCUUUCAUUGUUCCCCUCCCCCAUUUAGUGAGAUAGCAGGAGCGAGCUUGGGGUGGUGGGGGCAGCAAAGUCAGGGUCGAGGGGGGAGUAGCAAUGGUAAGGCACAUCACUUAUUUAUAGGUUAUAAAACCUUGCUCCCUCCUAUAUAGUUCAGUCUGCUUUUAGUUUUUUUAGUUGUUGUUUUUUUGUCUUCUUUGAAAUCUGUUUCACUUCCAUGAUAACUCGGCCUCCCUUUAGCAGCAAAUGCACGAGGGAGAGGAGUGAGAGGAGCUGAGGUUUAGUUACAGUGUGGCAAUCUGACAAUGUGCGUGUGUGUGUGUUUGUGUGUAAGCCAAUUAGCAUUCCCCUUGUUCACUGUCCCUUCUCGCUCUGUGUGUGUGUUAUUAAUAAAACAUACAGCAGAUGUUCCAAAGGAGCAUUUUAUCCAUAUGAUCAUUUUUAUUUAUAGAGCCCUAUUUAAAUCAAUGAUCCAUUCUAUAGAGCGGGGUUUGCAUGUGCUGUUUUUCUUUUUGUGUUAGUUCUCAUAAAAGAAUUGGAAAUUUUGUUGAGUCGUUCUUUCAUGCAUUGUGUUCCCCUGUCCUAACUACAGGCACAAACACGGGGCUGGACGAAAAGCCUCUAUGGUAUGCUUGUUCUUGGUUUGCGUUGCCUUGUGUGCGGGCUCUGCGCAGGCGAGUUGAAUCCUGUUUUAUAAGUGAAUGUGUGCUCAGGUGUCGCCACACAAUCAGGCGGUUAGUGCGUUGCAUCGUAUAUGUGCAUAAUUAGGCUUGUGUGUGAGCGCCGCGAGGUCACGUAUAGGGUAAAGGCUGAUGCGCUGACAGCUGUGCUCUGUUGUGGCAGGUGUGUCAGGGCUGUAUAUGUAUGAGAACAACACGCCCCUGCCUGCAGCAGGACAUGAGCCUGCAGUACGUGUGCUCAGUGUGCAGGAAACUGUGCAGCUGUUGUUUGUAUGCUUUUGCCAGUGACUAGAGAUAUUGGAGUCAAGGUAGGAACUGUUUCUCUCCUUUUCUCCCCCGACAUUUAUUACUAAUUCUGAUCCUCAGGGUCUGUUUACGUAUGAUAUGAUCUUGAUACUCUGACAAAUGUUUGCAACCUCUAAUGCCAGUAAUAACUGCAAUAUUUGCAUCACAGCCCGAGCUGAAAGUGAGACAGUGAUUUGGAAAGUAUUCAGGCACCCUUUUCUGUGUCAAGCCACACUAAACCACACAUUUCAGAGUGUUUAGUGAAUGUAUUACUGACUAAAAAUCAUUCAUAUAAGUAGUGUUCAGUUCUUUAUACUUUUUACUUGUCCUUUGGCAGUAAUUGGAGCUUCUAGGCUACAAUCUUUGCACACCUGGCUUAAGAUAGUUUAUUUUAUUCUCUGUGACAGCUCUGUCAAAGUGGAUAACAAACGUGUACAAACUGACAAGUUCAGAUCUUGCCGAAGAUGUUUUAAACGGUUUAAUUCUGCUCCACUAGUUACGGUCUGAGACUUGUUUUGAAACCGCUUUUCUUUUGGGUAUAAUAGAGAUGUCAGCUUGAGGGAUGCUGAAGUGACCUCUGUGAUGACGAGUCAAAGAAAUCUACAACCUCCCCAGUUUGUCUGGUAAGAGCAAGAGGAUUGUGAUGACAAUAAAUCCAUGUCAGUAAACAUAUAUCUGUUGAUCAUUCAUUUAUUAGAAGGAGGUACUCUUCCAUGAAUGUGCAUACAUAACUUAGCGUUUGUGUGUGUGUGGUUUCUGACCCACCCAGGACCAGAGAGAGUCUUUGCUGCGCUUCACAGACAGUUCUGGAUACUCCCACUGUAAUCCAGAAACACCAGUAUAACUGUCCUGAGAAAAGGAAAUAACACAGCAGUUCAGUCAUCCCCAGAAUGGCUGACCUUCCUCCCCCUGGCUUAAGACUUCUUUGUAUUCCCAGCAUUUUAUUAUAUGUUUGGGGCUAUUCCUCAUCAUCGAUUGGGGGCAGUACAGAGAAAAGAUGGGGGGAUGGAUGACCUUUUGAACACUGGGUGACUGUUGUCAUGAAAGGCGACUCCCACUCUCCCAAAGCCGAUGCACUCUGGCGAUGGUAUCUUGCAAGACCUCCAUGCAUUUAGCCAGAAUCCUUUUCCUCAUCCUUCCUGUCAGACUUUCUGACCCCAGCUGCAAAGAAGACCAUCCACAGUACAAUGCUGUCGACGGCAGUGCCUGUUGUCCCACAAACAUGAUUCUACAUGUUUGCUGAGUUUUUAUUUUCAGACAUCCUUUACAUGUGAUUUGAGACACAUGAAGCAGACUUUUAUGUGUCUUUUACUCAGAACUGCUCGCGGCUGGUGGCGGUCAAA